CUCAUCAUGUUUGCGGCUUUCAUGAAGUUAGACUUGGCCUCAGUGGGCUUGACUCUGUUUCUAGGCUUGAUUUUUAUGGUUCUGUUUGAGAUCUUCAGGAUUCAUUCCUACAAAGGUCGAAUUCCACCUGGUCCAACACCUCUGCCUUUUGUGGGAAUCAUACCUCAUUUCUUGAAGAACCCAAUGGGCUUCAUAAGAUCCUUGUCUCAAUAUGGAGACAUGACCACAAUGUAUCUUGGGAGAAAGCCAGCACUAAUCCUCAAUACAAUCCAGCUUGCUAAGGAAGCCCUGGUUCAGGAUGCUUUUUCUGGAAGACCACCUCUGCCUAUUAUAGACUGGAUUACUAAUGUACUCGGUAUAAUGAUGGUCACAUUCAACCACUCCUGGAGGCAGCAGAGACGGUUUGCUCUGCACACCCUCAGAAACUUUGGUCUGGGGAAGAAAUCAAUAGAAGAUCGUGUGUUAGAGGAGAGCCAAUAUCUGAUUGCUGAAAUGCUCAAAGGCAAAGGUAAGAAAUUGAAUCCCCAUCAUCCCAUCCAGAAUGCUGUUUCCAACAUUAUCUGCUCCAUCAUGUUUGGGGAUCGUUUUGACUAUGAUAACAAACGCUUUGAGUACCUUCUGAAAAUGCUGAAUGAGAGCAUCAUGAUUGCAGGGUCAACUGCUGGACGGAUUUUCAACUUAGUCCCCUUCAUCAAGCAUUUCCCUGGUCCACACCAGAAGGUCAAGAUGAAUGUCAAUGAUUUAUUGGAUUUCAUUAGAGAUGAAGUUGUGGAACACAGAAAAACUCUGGAUCCGAGCAGUCCACGGGACUUCAUUGAUGCCUAUCUGCUGGAGAUCGAGAAACAAAAGUUGAACAAAGACUCCACGUUUCACGAGGAAAACCUGGUUAUUACAGCAGCUGACCUGUUUAUGGCUGGAACUGACACCACAGAAACCACCAUUAGAUGGGGACUCCUCUUCUUGAUUCAAAACCCAGAUGUACAAGAGCGAUGUCAUGAGGAGAUUAUUCAAGUCCUGGGUUAUGACCGAUUGCCCAGUAUGGAUGACCGUGACAGGCUGCCGUACACACACGCCACUGUUCACGAGAUUCAGCGCUGUGCAAACAUUGCACCUAAUGUGGUGCAUGAAACAAUUCAGCCUACAAAACUACAUGGAUACAACAUUCCCCAGGGAACUACAAUCAUGAUCAACUUCGAGGCAAUUUUCAAGAGUAAGGAUCACUGGAAGCAUCCCGACACCUUUAAUCCAGAGAAUUUUUUGGAUGAGGAUGGGCACUUCAGCAAGCCGGAGUCCUUCAUUGCGUUUUCUCUGGGGCCGAGGUCCUGUCUGGGUGAGAUGCUGGCGAGGACGGAGCUCUUCUUGUUCAUCACGUCUCUCCUACAGAGGAUUCAAUUCUCGUGGCCGCCCGAUGCAAAGCCUAUAGACAUGGAUGGGAUUAUGGGUCUUGUUCGCUGUCCUCAGACCUUUAACGUCGUCUGCCACAGCAGAGACUGA